AUGACAGCGUCAAUUGUGACGACUAAAGCUGUUGUUGACAGUGAUGACAACUGUUCUUGCAUUGUCGCUGCUGCUGUUGAUGAUGAUUAUGAGAUGGAGGAUGAUGCUGGAGACAAGGGCGUGACGAUGGUUACGCGGCUGUUGCCUAUAUUACUGAUGACAAACAAGAUACUAAUAAAUCUUCCAACGGCAACGCUUUUUGCUAUAACUAAAAAUACCGCGAGGCUGUGUUGUCUUCCUUUCAGGCUGCCGAGCUGUCUGCAGCACGCCUUCAACUGUCUCCUCCGGCUGGUUCGGACAUUUCCAGCCCUCAAGGAGUUCUAUCGCAAUGUGGGCAUUCUGGAGGUUGUGAUUCAACACCUAGAGAAGUGUAUCAACACGGUUUUUAAGCCAUUUUUGAAGACAGUGUUCGUGAAACUAAAAGAGACACUUACUGUUUCCAUCUCUCUGCUAUUCACCAAAUCAGGCAAAGAGGUCAGCCUACGGACGGCGCCCUCCUCUCCGAAGCACGAGGGCUCUCCCUACGACGGCUUCACGGCAUCUACCACUAGUUCGCCCGAGGACAGCCUGCUCUUUGACCUGACUCUGCUGGUGCUCCGCCUGUUACGGGCCUCCAUUAGCGGUUCUAACCCCGAGGUAGAACUUUUUACUCAGCUCCGCGGUCCCACCCUCCUGCUGACUAGCCUUCUUCCGGCUCAACCUCCUCUCCAUUUGGCCAAGGAGGCCUUGGAUCUCCUCUCAGAGGUGCUCAGCAUGGCUGCAACUGAGGAUCUUCUGAUGGGGGUGUUGGACGUCUUGCCGGCCUCUUGCGUUCCUCUGAGAAUUGAGGUAGGUUUCCUCUGCCUCCACUGCACUCUCCUCCUCCUCCUCCUCCUCAUCCUCUUGCGCUGUCUUCCCUUCCACGCCAUUUGGCCUCUUGUUAGCCUCCGCUUUUUUAUACUCAAAUGCGUUUUAAAAGUUUUGUUGGCAAAAGUAGCUUAUGUAGCCCCACUCAUAUACCCCUAG